AUGCAGUGCUGGUACAAGAGGUGAUACAUGUGAAAAUAUUCCAGAUGUGUGUAAUGUUAUUUCCCCAUGUACAACAAUGGGCACGUGUCAAAAUGCCAAUGGAACAGCAAAAUGUUCAUGUCAGAAUAACUAUUCUGGAGAUUCCUGUCAGUUGCUGAAAGACUUUUGCACAGGAACAACAAAUUGUUUGUAUCAGGGCAUGCCCAAUACAGGAGGAACUUGUACAAAUCUACCAGCUGGAGGCUUUAAUUGUGCAUGUCAAACUGGUUUCUCUGGAGGGACUUGUCAAACAAAGUUGACCCGAUGUUCAACGUUGAGUUGCGGAUCUGUUGCAAUGUGCAAUGAGGAGAUUGGUUGUUACUGUCCAGAGGGAAAGGUUCUCACAGAAAAUAAAGUUUGUAAAAUUCCCUCAGAUGAUUUUGAUAUCUAUUUUGAUACUCUAAUCGGAGAGGAGGGGGCCUCUACCACAGCUGUGAUACCUGGUGACCCAGAAAAUUCUGAUUUGUCCUUUAUGAUGUGGGUGAAGUUCAACAAAGGACAAGAUGAAACUGAAGAUGCUGUAUUGUUAAGAAUCAGAGAUUUCAUAGAAAUCAAGAAUAACACCAUCACCUUCAUGAACAAAACAAGCUCUCAUUCUGUAAGAUUUGAGUACUAUGGAAAUCCUGAAAGAAUAGAUGAUGGUGAUUGGAAUUUUAUUGCUGUGUCAUGGAAUAGAAAUGGAAAGACAGAAAUCACUGUGAAAGGGCUACUUCUUCCUCACGACAGCUCUGUUGCCUUCAAACUGCCAAAAGUGUUUGAAGUGGAAAUUGGGAAGAGAUUUGGAGGGAGGCUAUCACAGGUAAAGUUCUGGAAUAGCAGUAUAACGAACCUCGACAUGUUACAGCUUUCAAGUAACAGGAAUCAUAAACCUGCAGGAGCUACUCUCAUUCAUGGUUGGUACAAUUACAAGAUGAACAAGGGAGCUAUGAAGAAGGUCAUGACACAGAUUAAAAAUGAUGCAGUCUGUGAUGUUCCUGCUUGCUCACCAUUAGAUAAGAUAAAACCAAAGAUAAAAGCCUGCCCUGUCGACCAUGAGCAAGUCUCUAGCAGUAGAGUCUUUAGCUAUCAACUGCCAGCUAUUAGCUCUAUGUUUCAGGAUUUCAAUGAAAGUCAGUCCAUGAUCUCGCAUGUGAGAGACAGCUCCUUCACUUGGGGUGAUUACAGCCUAUUGUUUGUGGCUGCUGAUGAUAAUGGAAAUACAGCCAUGUGUCUUAGCAAGCUGUAUGUUAAAUAUAAUGCUGACUGCCCUAAACCAAGAUCCCCACCCUCUCUAACCAUUGGUUACUGUUCAGGCAGUAGAGAUAUCUGUAAUCUGAGAUGUCCUGGUAACCAAGUUUUAUCCAUCCCUGCUCCAAAAUAUAAAAUGUGUUCUAAGCUUGGCGUGUAUACUCCUCUCAAACCACGGCAGAAGUUUGCAUUGCCUUCAUGUGGAAACAAAACUGAGACACAAAUUCAGAUAGAAGUUUCCUUAAUGUUUUCAUUGGCGGUGGUCUGUGAUGAAUCUUUUGAAGCACCAUUAAAGAGAAAUCUAAUGACUGAUUUUAAAGACAAGGUUUUUCAGAACUGGGAUAAUGUUUGUUCAAACUCUGACUGCUCAAAUGUGGAAAUCAACUCAAAGUGUGUUUCUGGCAAACAACAGAUAACAGUUUCCAUGAAAAUAAAGAAUUUAAGAAAUGGUAUUACUAAAAAGUCUGGUUCCAACACCUACACAGCAAGAGAAGUUUUCAGAGUUUUAAUAUUUGAGGAUACUGUAUUUGAUGUAAAUGAUGUUGCUGGUGCAAAGCUACUGAAUGACCAAGUAGUCAUUACAGAUAUUGUAUCAUGUCCAGAGGGAAACAUGGUUAUAGAGGGUAAUUGUGUUGUAUGUAGUCGGGGAACAUUUUACAACAGCACAAGUCAGAAUUGUGAGUACUGUCCUGUGGGAACUUAUGGAGAUGAAGAAGAACUGACUUCAUGUGAAUCCUGUGGAACUGGAAAAACAACACUGGGAGUCGGGAAUUAUGAAAUUAGUGCUUGUGUUGCUGAGUGCCCUGUUGGACAGUUUCUGAAUGGUUCAGUAUGUUCCCUCUGCCAGAAACACUUUUACCAAGACAUGGCUGGGCAGGAUUACUGUUUACCCUGUCCUCUAGGCAAAAAGACAAGUGGAGUAGGAUCCAACAGCUCGUCACAGUGUUUUGAUGAUUGUAAGGAGGGAACAGAACUUAAAUCAGAUGGAAAAUGUGUGGAAUGCCCUCGUGGGUACUACCGCAGUUUUUCAGAGGAUGUCUGCACCCCAUGUGCACCUGGAAUGACGACUGCUGGGAAUGCCACUGCAAGUGUCUUGGGAUGUGUGAUAAAAAUCUGUUACAAUGGAACAUUCCGUAAUUCCUCAAAUGUCUGCGUUCCUUGCCCCGUUGGAGAAUAUCAGCCAAUGGAUCUUCAGGAGAAAUGUAUGAAAUGUCCAGUAAACUAUACAACAGAAUCAGAUGGAACAAGUUACAGAUCUGAUUGUAAAUUUUAUUGUCCUGUGGGAUAUGAAGUCUUGGCUGCAGCAAAUGAAACCUGUCGAUCAUGUCCACGAGGCCAAUAUAAAAACAACACAGAUGUGUUCAGUAUGUGUUCUGUUUGUCCCUCUGGAUUUACAACAAAGGGAAUGAAAACUGUAAACAUUGAUGAAUGUUCUAUUAAAAUCUGUUACAAUGGAACAUUCCGUAAUUCUUCAAAUGUCUGCGUUCCUUGCCCUGUUGGAGAAUAUCAGCCAAUGAAUCUUCAGGAGAAAUGUAUGAAAUGUCCAGUAAACUAUACAACAGAAUCAGAUGGAAAAAAUAACAAAACUGAUUGUAUAUUUUAUUGUCCUGCGGGAUAUGAAGUCUUGGCUGCAGCAAAUGAAACCUGUCGAUCAUGUCCACGAGGCCAAUAUAAGAACAAUACAAAUGUGUUCAGUAAAUGUUCUGCUUGUCCAUCUGGUAACACAACAGAAAGCAUGAAAACCACCAGCAUCAAUGACUGUUCUAUUAAUAUUUGUAGCAGUGGCCAAGAGAUAGGAAGUAGUGGUGGUUGUGUUGACUGUGAAAUAGAUUACUACCAGUCCGUAGAUGUACCAACAUCAAAAGACAAGUGUAAAACAUGCCCAUCUUCUACUGGCACAAAACAGAAAAUGUCCAACAGCUCCUCAGAUUGCCUUCCUGUGUGUUCCCGAGGACAGUUUUAUAAUUCAACAUCAAGUGCCUGUGAAGCUUGUCCCAAAGGAACCUGGAACAAUGGGAAUUUCACCAUGAAAUUUGAGGGAUGCACUGUGUGUCGAGUUAAUUAUACCACCACUGGUCCUGGAAUGAUAUCUGAAGAUAACUGCACUCUUUUGGAUUGUAGUCCUGGAUCAUACAUUAGUGGUAGUAAUUGUCUCCCUUGUGAUUUUGGAACAUACCAGCCAAACCGUCACCAAGCUAUCUGUAAUGCGUGUGGACCAGACCUGAAUACUAGUGCAACAGGAGCAACUAGUGAAAAGGAUUGUCAGAUUUUCUGUCCUGCUGGGAAAGAGGGACAAACAGAAUGUAAUCCAUGUAAGGAGGGAUAUGCCAAAAGCUCAGCAGGAAUCAGCACAUGUACUGAAUGUACUGGCAAUUAUACAUCCAAUGACCAACACACUGCCUGUGACAAAUUGUUCUGUGACAUGGGCUUCUACUUUCAUCAAAACAGCUGUAUUCCAUGCAGUAAGGGAUAUUACAAGGCAGACAGAGGAAACAUGAUCUGUACCAGAUGUCCUGAUGGAUUUCUUACAACCAAUGAAGCUUCAGUUAGUCCAAAUGACUGUAGUGAUCCAUACUGCAUUCCUGGGAAAUACAUAAAUUCUACUGGACAAUGUGAUGAUUGUAUGAUAGGUUACUAUAAGAGUGCUACAGGAAAUGACAACUGUACAGCCUGUAGUCGCAAUUCCACCACUCCCUCUAGGGGAUCCACAUUAGCAUCAAACUGUUCCAUAGUUGUAUGUGAAGCAGGAGAAAAAAGAAACAGUAGUACUAACACCUGCAUGAAGUGUCCCGUUGGAUACUACCAGCCAGAUAGAGGACAAAGUGACUGUAAGCAGUGUUCAGCAAUGCAGACAACAGAACAAGAGGGGACUGUAAAUCAGGCAGACUGUGUCCCCAUUUGCCAACAAGGAGAGGAAUUUAAUUCUACUGAUAAAACUUGUGGAAAGUGUGCUCUAGGGUAUUACAAGUCUGCAAUUGGCAACAGUGAACCAUGUACCAAGUGCCCUGAUGGUAAAACUACACUUGUCUUAGGCUCUGUCUCCAGUGGAGCAUGCAAUUUAACUGACUGUUUGCCGGGAACAUAUCGGUUAUCUGGGGCUGGAUGCGAAAAGUGUCCAGUUGGAACAUUCCAGGAUCAGAAAUCACAGACUUCCUGUAAAAUGUGCCCUGCAAAUAAAGACACCACAGAAACAACAGGAGCAACUUCAGAGAGCUACUGUAUUGUAUCUUGUGAGGAUGGCACAGAGUAUGACAGAACUUCUGGGAAUUGUUCGGAAUGUCCAAAAGAUUUCUACACAAACAGAACUAUCUCACAAUAUUGCAUCAAAUGUCCUUCAGGGUUCAUCACAUACGGAUCCAAGUCUUCAAGGUGUUACCCACAACCAGCCACUGUAACAACUGCGGCUCCAGCUAUAAGGCAGCAGACAUUUAUAUUCACCCUCACAUACAGAAUGAAUUUGGAUUGCAAUGUUCCAGCUGCUUUAAAUGCAGCAUUGGCAAACAUAAGGGUUCGGAUAAUACAGAGGCUCAUUGCAUUAGCCUCCCGUUUUGCAAAUCUUUGCAGGAAAGCAAAUGUCAAUGAGUGCUUUGUAUCUCUAAGAGUACAACUUAAUCAGUGCGGGGGAGCAAGAAGGAAAAAGAGAGCUGCAGAACCCUCAGAUCUAGAUGUUAAAGUGGAUAUUCCAGAUGUCAGCUCAACUGUAACAGAUAAUGAAGAGCCUUCAAAAGUUCUGCAAACAGAAACCAUGCUUAAAGAGGAUUUAGACACUAACAAACCAGAAUAUCAACCUGAGGGAGCAGUAUUAUCAAAUUCCAAGUUUGAAGGCAAAGUGGUAACAUGUGAGGUUGGUUCCAUUCCUGCAAGCAACAAUAAAACCUGUGUAAUAUGUGUGGCAGGAUCAUACCAUGACACUGCAAUGGGCACCUGUAAAAACUGUUCCAGGAAUUUUUAUCAGGAUCAAGUUGGACAGACAAGUUGUAAAUCAUGUCCAGGCUCGGUGAAAAUGUUUACUCUAUCAGAGGGUUCAAUAACACAGAGUCAGUGUGUGUCUGAGUGUAAUACUAAUCCAAAUUAUUGUAAGAAUGGAGGAACAUGUAAUUCCAAUGAUGUGACAAUAUGGUGCACAUGUAAGGAGCGAUACACAGGACCCAGAUGUGAAGAUAAAGCUGAAUUCACUUCAAACACACCAUACAUAAUAGGAGGAGCUGUUGGUGGAUUAGCUGCAAUAAUGGUUAUAGCUCUUGUCAUUGUAUGCUUGAUUAGGUGUCUCCGAAGAUCUAAGGAAUCCAAAUAUCCACCAAAAGAUCCAAUGGAUUAUGGUUAUGAUUACCAUGAUCCUCUAUAUGAUAACAGGUCCAAAAAAGGAGUUAUGUCAUAUGCCCGAAUGAACCCAACCUUUAACUAUGACGACGGCAGCUUCUAUGAUACUCGUAAUAGGAUGUAUGCACAAGAAGAUAAUAACAGUGCAUAUCGAUGGCAGGAGGCUCAAGGGGAUUAUGAUCUUUAACAUUCUCUCAUCUACAACUGUAUAUUAAUCAAGUAGUUAAAACAUUAUAUAUCAAAAUUUUACAAUUAUUAUUUUGCUCUUGAAAGUCUAAACAUGGUUUCAUCAUUACUCCAUAGUACACGUGUGUGUGUGUUUUAAAUGUGUGAUUGUUUUUAAAGUAGACAAUCCUUUUACAGAAAUUUUUCUCUGAUUUUUACUCCACUGGGGCUUUUUGUACUUUAUGAGUGCAUGAAAUAUUCUUGAAUGAAGUAAAAAUGACUUAUUUCUUGCCUGUACAAGUGCACCAGAAUGUACAUUUUUCGUUUGAAAAUGCAUUUUUUAAAUUAGCAUAGCAAUCAAUAGUUUGUUUCUUGUGCAAUAUCUUAAUCAAAAGCAAUGUUUUCAAUCAAAUUCAUAAACAAAACAUAUUUAAUAUAUUAUGUUAAUGUUCAGAGUUUAAUGUAUGAAUUGAAAACCUCAAAAUCAGAUGGUUGGAAAUGUGCAAAAUUCUGCAUGAAAAAUUCUGAAAGACUUCAAAAAAUCACAAUUUCUAGAAGUAAUGUUCACAUGUGUUAGUGAUGCUGAAGGUCCUUCAUCUUUGAAUUCUCACUGAAAUGAGGUGUGUGUUAAUUUGAAAGUAUAUAAUUUUCAUAAUCAAACAUUUCAGUUCUUGUGUGAAAUUUGAUAGUUAUAAAUGGUAGAAAUUAUAUAUUCAGAAUGCAUAAUAUUCAUAAUUCCUUCAUUGUUAUGUAUUACUUAUUUUAGUUUUUCUAUUGACAUGUACAAUGUAUUGCCAGUUAUAAUGCAAAAUAAAUAAAUUAUAUAUAUUUUAA